AUGUCUCUUGACAGAAUGAGGAAAAGCCUUAAAAGCUUAUUAGGCAUUUAAAGCAAUCCUCAAAAUGAAUAGCCUUCUUAAGUAUCUAGACAAAGCCAAUCAGAAUAUGUAAUACACAAAUCGGAUUAAAUUUUCAAAAACAAAUUUGUUAUUAUUCAGAAGAAAGAAGAUAAAUUAAAUCCCUAUAAAUAUGCCAUAGAGAGACUCAAAGAAUACAACUUAACUAUGUUUCGAACAAAUGAUCUAUUAAACUGUCCUAUAAUAUCAUACAAAUUUAAUAAAGAAGAAGUAUAAUUGAACUAUUAUAUUUCAAGAAGAGGAUUCAUGAAAACAUAGUGACAAAACCAAGAUGGAAGAAAGAAGAAUCCUCUUAAGAAAUGAUCAAUAUUAAAUCUGAUGAUGAAAGAAAAAGCUUUUUCUUCCAUGCUUCAUAUAUCAAAGAUGAAAAUAGAUAGCCUAGUCAAUCCAAAUAAACAGCCAAAAAAUCAUAGAUAUCAUAGUAAAAUUUAGAUUCUUAAGCAGAGUAUAAUUUUGAAAAAGAAAAACAGACUGUCGAAAAUAUUUCAAAAUCUAAUAAAUAAAAUGUAUAGGAAGAUAAUAAUUAAAGUGAAUCUGAAUCUAUAAUUAUUGAUAAGAAAUCAGAAUCUAAAUUUAAAAAAAUUAAACCUUAACCUUAAGAAAUUAUUUUGAAUAAAGAUUAACAAUAUAUAUCUGGAAAAAAUGAAAUUCAAAAUAUUGAUGAUAUUUAAACAUCAAAAAAACCAACUAUAUAAAAAAAGGAUGUAUAAGAAAAACUACCAGAAAUAUAAGUAUCAUAAUAAGUUUAAAUAAUUCCAAUUAAAGAAGAUCAGAAGACAGAAGUUAUAGAAAAUAAAUAGUAAUAAAUAAUAGAACCAUAAGUAGAAUAAAAAAUAGUACCAUAAAUAUCAAAUUAAGAAUAGAUUACUCCUGAUAUAAAUCCUUUUACAUAAAAUAUUGAAAACCAAUUAUUUAAUCCACCAUGGCUUGAUAAUACCAUACAAUAAUAGAAUCAAGUGUCUUUCAAUUUAUUUUAAUAGCCAUUGAUUUAAUAAUAAUAAUCUUAAAUGCAACCAUUAAUAAUGUAACCACUAUAAUUUCAGAAUCCUAUUUAAUAAUAAUCACAAAAUUUAUUUCCUUUUUAAAAUUAAUAAACAUAGAAUGUUUUUUCUAAUUAAAAUUUAUUCAAUUAAUAGCCAAAUCUAUUUUAAAAUAAUUAAUAAUCUCAAUAGAGUUUUAAUUUAUUUAAUUAAACAAAUCAAUUUUAGUAAUAACCAUUAUUUUAGUAAUAAUCAACAUAAUCAUUGUUUUAGUAAUAACCCACAUCAUCAGAAUCUUUCUUUUAAUAAUAACCAUCAGCAAUAUCUUUAUUUUAACAAUAACCAUAAUAAUAAUAAUUAUUUUAAUAGUAACCUUCAACAUAAUCAAUAUUUUAAUAAUAAUAAUCAUCAAAUAAUUUAUUCACUUCAUAACCAUAAAAUCAAUUAUUUUAAUAACAUAAUCAAUAAACAAUAAAUUUAUUUGCAAAUAAUGAUUCAAAGUAAAAUGUAGUAGAUUUAUUCUCAGCCUAAUCAGUCCAAAAUACACCUAAUUUAUUUUAACAAAAUUAAGAAUCCUUGUUUUCAUUAAAUACAUAAUAAUAAUCAAAUAACACUGCUUAAUUACGAGCCUAUUCUCAUUCUGAUAGAUACAAAAAGAAUCUUAGUAAGUAUACAACUGAAAGAAUAGAAUGA